CAGGAACAAGAAAAGUGAAACCUUUUUUACUAAACCAGCAAGCAAGAAGGCAGCUCUAAACAGACUACAGACUAAAAAUGUAUCUAUUCAGCCUGUUUGGAUUUUUGUUGCUCCCGUUUCAAGGUAAAGACUAAAUUGUAACACAGUAUUUGCACUUUAACAUUGCUACAUUGCUAUAAAACGCCCUGAAGGCAGAAAGUUAUCUUGCUGUAUUGUGUCACCUGGGCGAGGUCUGCUAGCAACCUGUUAGCCUCAUACACAACCUGUUUGUCCCUGUGAUUUGUUUAACUGUAUCAGGAUCUCAAACAUUGGUAACUGCGGUAUAUCUCUAUUUCAUUUUGCUUGUGCUUGUGUUUAAGGAAGUUUGUCAGUAACGUUAAAGUAAAGCUGCAUCGAAAGUUGCACUAAAGGAAUGUCUUCUUCCAUAGCUUGCUUAGCAUGCUCUCCCAUCAAGAAAAUUGACAGGUUCUGUGAAGAUUUGAAGACGGGAGAUGAAUAUGUGUACCAAUAUGAAACUCCGGCUGGAUCUGAAAUUGAGGUGUACUCCAACAAUGUUAGUGGAGAUCUUAUGUUUUUAUGCAGGAUUUGUACUACAGGCUUCGUCCUGAUUCUCCACCCUUCCCCCAAAGUGCGCACUUGCACACAUCCCGCCAUGGAUUUCACAAUGUUGGAAAGUCCCUCCAGCUGAUGUUUACAUCAAUCCAAUGUUUUUAACCAUGGUGGGAAGUGUGCAAGUGUACACUUUGGGGGAAAGGGUGAAGAAUCAGCACACAGACUGUAUAUGUUGGUAUUUGUUUUCCAGAUAAUAAGUACUAUGUUGUAUUACAAAUCAGGGCUCUUUGAUGCAAUACCUGAAUUCAAUUCUUUAUUUUCUUAUGUGCUUUUCCACAGACUUCAAUAGCCUACCGUGGAUUGAACAAGCCUUUUGAGGCUAAUGUUUCUGAUAAAGUGAUAAGAGUGUACAACAGUGCUAUCAUCCUCUCUGAAUGCCUGAAUCUGACAUUCAAAUUCUUUCAUGUUCCCCAGGUGAGUCCUGUUAAUAUUUCACACAAUUGAUAAUUUGAUUGUUGAAUAUGAUUUUAUAGAUACUUACUGCCACCAUGUCUUCUCUUAAGGGCAUGUUUGAGGAGUGCCAUUUGCAUUACAUUGUUGCAGGUAAAGAAUGAUUUUCCUGUUUUCUUUCAUUUUAAACUGCUUGCAGUAGCCUAGGUAUCUUAUAAGAGCCCAUACAGACACCCACAUUAUUAUCUUAGUUUGUCUGUCCAGAGGAGGAAUUAGGUUGUGACACCUCCACGUUUUAAUUUGACUGGCGACAGGUAAACUAGCGGUUAACAGCGCUGGAGCAGUAACCAAAAGGACUCUGGGUCAAAUCCCAAAACGACUACGCAAAAUAUAUUUUGAUGUGCCCUUGAGCAAGGCACUUAACCUUAAUGAGCAAGGCACUUAACCCUAAUUUCUCUGGAUAAGAGCGUCUGCUGUAAAAAAUGUAGACUGACAAUUCAACUGACAUUUUAAUUUGCAAUCCGACUAACACCACGGGUGAAUACUUUAAUAUCAGCAAACUAAUAUAUAUAUAUAUAUUUGUCACAUGCGCCGAAUACAACAGGUGAAAUGCAACCUUACUGUGAAAUGCUUACUUACAAGCCCUUAACCAACAAUGCAGUUUUACUAAAUAAACUCAAGUUUGAAAAAGUAACAUAAUAAAAUAGCAAUAACUAGGCUAUAUACAGGGGGUACCGGUACCGAGUCAAUGUGCGGGGGUACAGGUUAGUCGAGGUAAAUUGUACAUGUAGGUAGGGGUAAAGUGACUAUGCAUAGAUUAUAAACAGUGAGUAGCAGCAGUGUAAAAACAAAGGGGGGUAGAUUAAUUGUUCAGCAGUCUUAUGGCUUGUGGGUAGAAUCUGUUAAUGAGCCUUUUGGACCUAGACUUGGUGCUCCGGUACCGCUUGCCUGGUAAUCCAUCUGGACCCGCGGCCUUGUGAAUGUUGACCUGUUUAAAAGGUCUUGCUCACAUCGGCUACGGAGAGCGUGAUCACACAGUCGUCCGGAACAGCUGGUGCUCUCAUGCAUACUUCAGUGUUGCUUGCCUCGAAGCGAGCAUAUAAAGCAUUUAGCCUGUCUGGUAGGCUCGCGUCACUGGGCAGCUCGCUGCUGGGUUUCCCUUUGUAGUCCAUAAUAGUUUGCAAGCCCUGCCACAUUCGACGAGUGUCAGAGCCGGUGAGUAGGAUUCAAUCUUAGUCUUGUAUUGACGCUUUGCCUGUUUGAUGGUUCGUCUGAGAGCAUAGCGGGAUUUCUUAUAAGCGUCUGGAUUAGUGUCCCGCUCCUUGAAAGCGGCGGCUCUAGCCUUUAGCACGGUGCGGAUGUUGCCUGUAAUCCAUGGCUUCUGGUUGGGAUAUUUACGUACGGUCACUGUUGGGACGACGUCGUCGAUGCACUUAUUGACGAAGCCAGUGACUGAGGUGGUAUACUCCUCAAUGCCGUUGGAUGAAUCCUGGAACAUAUUCAAGUCCGUGCUAGCAAAAAAGUCCUGUAGCGUAGCAUCGACGUCAUCUGACCACUUCCGUAUUGAGCGAGUCACUGGUACUUUCUGCUUUAGUGUUUGCUUGUAAGCAGGAAUCAGAAGGCUUGAAUUAUGGUCAUAUUUGCCAAAUGGAGGGCGAGGGAGAGCAUUGUACGUAAGAUAAGACAAAAUCACUUCUUUGUCUGAUCUUUGUCUGUAGAGAGGUUGCAUGAGCCUGUGACAACUCCACUUUUCAAUCCGACUGACAAUCUGACUGACACCUCCGGUGACACAUCAGGUAAGUACUCUUAACUAAUAUAAAGACAGCUCAUUACAGUCUACUGCAUCUCUAUCAGUCCCAAUGGUUAAAACAUUAUUCUGUGUCACUGCUUUGACAAAGAACGUAUUCAAUUGAAAUGACUUUACUCUCUGAUUAUACUCAGGAAAUGGAGACAAGGCCAAAGCCACUAGCAACACAAAGAAAAUCACUGGUGAGUGUUUCCAUAUUGUUUAUUUUGUUUGACAUUCUACUGUCACCACAGCUUCGUAUUAUUUUUCUUCUUCAUCUUCGUCUUCUUCUUUUAAACAAAUACUAUUUUAGUGUUUUAUUGAAACCGAUAGACAUUAAUAAAGGAGAUACUGAUAGAAUGGAGGUGUGAAGAAGAGUAGUGGGACCGGGAUUCGAAGCAGAAUAGUGUUUCUAUUUCCGGCAACAUUCGCGCGACGCUGGCGCAUGCAAAAGUGGUACUUUUAGUUGAGAGCUUGAUGGUUUUACACUGACAGAACCGCACAAAAUCCUAAAAUCGAUCAACAUGACAAGCAUUAUAUGUUCAGUACGAGGCUGUCACAAUAAAUGGAUGAAGAGGAGGCAGUUCUUACAACAGCAAUGUUUUGAACACCAACCUCUACGUCGAUCUGAAUGUACCAGUGGAGCCCCAUACGACCUGCAUCCACCUCCUAUGUUUUGAACACCAACCUCUACGUCGAUCUGAAUGUACCAGUGGAGCCCCAUACGACCUGCAUCCACCUCCAAUGUUUUGAACACCAACCUCUACGUCGAUCUGAAUGUACCAGUGGAGCCCCAUACGACCUGCAUCCACCUCCUAAAGACGCAGAGUCUUUGCGGCUCUGGCUCAAAGCGUUGAACCUAAAGAAACCACCAAAACAUUCCUUCCACUUAUCUGACAAGAAGCCUACAGUGGAGCAUCCUUACCCAGAAAAAUGGCUUGGCUACGAUGCUCCACUGGUGAAGAAGCGUCAGGAGUUGGUCAGCCAGUCAUCAGUGACAGGUAAGCCAAACGCUUGAGCAGUUUGCCUGCUCUCAUUUUGUGUCUCCCUCUCGCUCUUGUAUCUAAGCACGGUCACAUAAUAGCACAAUUUAUUUCCUCUACAACUCAAUAACAAAUUCCCAUUUUAUAUAUACUUAAUUAUUAUGAUUAUUAAAUCUUAUUAGGAGCGUCCAUGCAGUAUGGUGUUUUAUUGUACAGUUUUGUUGUUAAUUGUCCAUUGACUUGUUUAACAAGCCAUGCUGAAUUUUUAACAGAUGACACAACAGGCUCAAGUGUUCACCAAAUUGAACAUGGGGAUUGGCCAACACAGAUAGAUGGAAUGGAUAUGCCUUCAGAGAAGGAUGCCCAAACCCAAUGGGAAGACCCAUGUAAAGCCCACUACCUGUGAGGCAGGGACAGUGCCCAGCAGCACCUCUCUACAAAACCCUGCUGAGGAACGAAGCACUCUGUCGACUGCAUACAGGCUUGUCUCUUGCUGCCUUUUUUACCCUGGUGGAACAUCUUCUACUCCUCUACCAAGGCAGCUUUCAGUUAGACCUUACAGACCAACUCCUGAUGACACUCAACUUGCUGCAGCAGUACUUAGCAGAAAGGUUUGGAGUUUCCUAGAGUAUUGUCAGUUGAGUGAUUAGUUAUUGGAUUGACAUGAUGGAAGAGAAUCUGAGGGAGUACAUUCCAUGGCUGCCAAGGGAGACCAUCCGUGCUACAAUGCCACAAUGUUUUAAGGACCACUACCCAGGAACAACCUGCAUUAUUGACUGCUCAGAAACUGCUUUAUAGAAGUGCAAGAAUCUGGAUUCAAGGGGGGAGUGAUUCAGCCAUUACUACGCCCAGAACACUAUCAAGUACCUGGUGGCCAUUGCACCUUGUGGUCUAGUGAUGUUCAUCUCCUCAGCAUAUGGAGAUAGAUGGGUUCCUGGAGUACCUCUGUCCAGGUGAUGAGGUCAUGGCUGAACGGGGCUUCACAAUCCGUGAUCUGCUACACGAGAGGAAGAUCAAACUAACAAUUCCAGCCUUCACAAAAAGAGGUGGUACAGCUGUCAGAGGAGGACACCACAUGUACAAUACGGAUAGUUAACAUGAGGGUUCAUGUGGAACGCGUAAUUCAAAGGCUCAAACGACUUAGUGUCACGUUUGUUGAAUGACGGGUCAGACCAAGGCGCAGCGUGAUAUACGUACAUGUUUAUUAACUUAUAAACACCACGACAAAACAACAAACGAAACAUGAAGUCCAAGGUAGAACACACAACAUACCUUACACGGAACAAGAUCCCACAACUACACAGUGCCAAUAGGCUGCCUAAGUAUGAUCCCCAAUCAGAGACAACGAGCGACAGCUGCCUCUGAUUGGGAACCACACCGGCCAACAUAGAUCUAUACAUACAACAUAGAAUAUAUACAACAAGGAAUAUACACACCCUGACUCAACAUAUACGAGUACCCUGAGUCAGGGCGUGAUAGUACUCCGACCGCACCACCUUCACAUACCAGGGUAGGGGCCGGGUGGGCAUUCCGCCUCGACCACACCCUCUCCGCCUCCCUGUUGCGCCCCUGGUCUGGUCUGGACCUUGGCGCGCUGCUUCCCCUCUCCUUCCUCCCACGAUACGCCAGGCCCUGUCUGUACCCUGGUGUGGGAGACCCCGAACCUGGAGAGGGGCUGACGUCAUGGUCUGGACUGGAGCCGCUGACCGGAGCUGGACUGGGCACCGGUGGAGUGGACUGCUCUGGCUCCGGAGUGGAGCCGCUAACCGGAGCUGGAUCAGGCACCGGUGGAGCGGACUGCUCUGGCUCCGGAGUGGAGCCGCUGACCGGAGCAGGAUCAGGCACCGGUGGAGCGGACUGCUCUGGUUCCGGAGUGGAACAGCUGACCAGAACUGGAUCAGGCACCGGUGGAGCGGACUGCUCUGGCUCCGGAGUGGAGCAGCUGACCGGUGCCGGACCAGGCACCGGUGGAACGGGCACGGGCCGUGCCGGACUGGACAAACGCACCACUGGUCUGGUGCGAGGAGCAGGCACGGGCCGGACCAGACUAGGAACACGCACCACUGGCCUGGUGCGAGGGGCAGGAACGGGCUGGGCCGGACUGGCGACGCGCACCACUGGCUUGGUGCGAGGAGCAGGAACAGGCCGGGCCGGACUGGCGACGUGCACCACUGGCUUGGUGCGAGGAGCAGGAACAGGCCGGGCCGGACUGGCGACGCGCACUACUGGCUUGGUGCGAGGAGCAGGAACAGGCCGGGCCGGACUGUGGAGGCGGACUGGAAGUCUGGAGCGGAGAGCUGGCACAACCCGUCCUGGCUGAAUGCCUACUUCCGCACAGUAUGUGUGAGGCAUCAGCACAGGACGCACUGGGCUGUGCAUGCGCACUGGCGAUAUAGUACGUAGAACUGGCGCAGGAUAUGCGGGACCGAGGAGGCAUAUUGGAGACCAGGAGCGUUGAGCCGGCACACCCCUUCCUGGCUGGAUGCCCAUCUUCGCACGGCACGUGCGUGGUGCAAGCACAGGACGUACAGGACUGUGCCGGCGCACUGGCGACACAGUACGUAGCUCCGCAUAACACGGAGCCUGCCCAGUCAUACGCUUCCUCGCGUGAGUACGGGGAGUUGGCUCUGCUCUGACACUAGGCUCCGCCAACCACCCUGUGUGCCCCCCAAAAAAAAAUUACUGGGGCUGCUUCUCGGGCUUCCUCCUCGACCGGCCUCCUCCGUGUUGCCGUUGCACCUCUCCUGCCUGGGCAUCUACCUUAGCCCAUGGUCCUCUCCCCGCAAAUAUCUCUUCCCAUGACCACAAAUUGCCCACCUGUGACAUGGCAAUUCGCUCCGCCUGGGCACGCUGCUUGGUCCUCGUUUGGUGGGAUCUUCUGUCACGUUCGUUGAAUGACGGGUCAGACCAAGGCGCAGCGUGAUAUACGUACAUGUUUAUUCAACUAAAUAAACACACGACAAAACAAUAAACGAAACUAAACGUGAAGUCCAAGGUAGAAGACACAACAUACCUUACACGGAACAAGAUCCCACAACUACACAGUGCCAAUAGGCUGCCUAAGUAUGAUCCCCAAUCAGAGACAACGAGCGACAGCUGCCUCUGAUUGGGAACCACACCGGCCAACAUAGAUCUAUACAUACAACAUAGAAUAUAUACAACAAGGAAUAUACACACCCUGACUCAACAUAUACUAGUCCCCUGAGUCAUGGUGUGACACUUAGAUUCAUCUCACAGACAGUGCCAAUCAACCUCUCAUCUAAAAUGGACAAAAUACUUUGAAUCUGUGCUGCCAUGUGUAACCUGCGUGGGGAUAUCAUUCAUGAAGAUGCUGAAUGAACUGACCAGUCAAAUGCCAUUCACAGGGUCGAUUUCCCAAUAUAUAAAAUUUCUGUCAAAAGUUACAUUAAAUACAUUUAAAUUCAUUCUAUAACAACUCAACUUAAUUAUUUGUUUUACAUACUCAUUAAUAUUAAUAAAAAACAAAGCCAUAAAAACAAUUUCCACAAUACUGUGACUGUUGAUGCAUUAAGUCAGGCUUUUUAAUUGAAAAACAAUUUGUUAAUAGUAACUGCAAACAGGAGAGAUAUCUGACUACAUACUUCUACAGAGCUGCAUAUAUUUGUCACUCAGUGACAAUCUGCCUGCCUGAUGCUCCUCAACAAUAAAUGGCAGCAUGUGUGUAAAGUAGAAGGCCUUCAACCUCAUGACAGCCUCUGCACAGAUAGGUGCAUCAUAAAGAACAGAGAUGACAACUUGCUGGGAGUCCAGAUGAGCACCUUACUUUCUCUCAGUCUUGUGCAAAACAUACCAAUUUGCACCUGCAUGUAGUUGCCACGUGGCCCACGUGGUUGCAGUUGGGGUGUGCCCUCCACCACCUUCACAUCACAGGCUUUCCCAUUGAAGACAUCAUCCAGAGAAUCACAGCCCUUCCCCAUGACAGGACAUUUGAUCUUCAACAGCUCCUUGGAGUUCAGCACUCCGUCAGGGCUUGCUGAUAGCCAUGGCUCUUCAACCCUGACAACAGUGCCUCUGUGGUCCACAGAGUAUCCACAGUCUUCCAGCCACUGGGAGUCCAUCAGCUCAUUAUCUUUCCCGUAGCGUGUGGCUGCAUUCCCUCGGAACCUGGGAUACAGAUGCUCCUGGUGAAACUUACCAGGGUUGGUGGAUUCCCUGACAGGGACCUUCUUGGCUGAGCUUGCAGUAAGUCAAAGCUUCCUUGAGUCAUGCCACAAGUGUGAGGCACUCUGCUCCUUUUGUGAUCUGUUCUAAAGCAGUCGACUGGGUUGGGUCAAGUUUCAGAAAUUCAUUGUAGGACAGGCACUUCUGGCAGUUGUAAUUGACAUGCUCUCCAUGUGGCUGGGAAAGGGUAGAUAAUCUAUAUUAAGUUAUUAUAUGGAGUUAGAAAGCAUUGAACAGAAGAGACACACAUCAGUACAAAUACAUUAAAAUUGUACAGCUACAAAUAAAUAUUCCUUUCAGUCCAAUUUGACCUGUAAUGCUACUGGCUGUGAUAUUAUUGUCGGAAUGCAGGAGUGGGAGGCAGGGGUGGACAUUCUGGACACUUUUCUGCAUAUUGGUCACUGGCCUUAUGGUGUGUGAAGUCAAUGCUGUUUAACCGCUUUGGCUCAAGGUUCCUCCAAGUCCCUGCAUUCCAUUGUCGCUGCUCAUCUGUGCAGGCUAUGCCAGUUAGCCCACUGGACACUGCAUUCUGCACCUGUGAUAGAAUGUUUGUUACAAGAAAAGACAUUCAGAGAAAAUUCCAUUAUUAACAAUUGUAUGACUGAGGACUAUGUGAUCAACUUAAUCAAAACACAUGCAAGUUUCAUCAUAAACUUACCUUGCUAUUGUUGCCAAUGAGAUGAGACCACUUCUGCUUACCAUACUUUAGAAAUUACCCCCAACCCCAAGGAUAUUUUACAAACCUUAUUCACCCAGAAAAACAGUAACACUAAAGAAAUACAUGUGAUGCUGACAUGUUUAAAUAAAUGUUACACCAUACUCACCUGGACUCCAUAAACCUACCUUGCUUCACCAACACAUCUGACAGGAUACUUACAGAUUCCCCACAUUAAUACAGCAGUUCUGUUGAUUCACAAAUACAUGUUAACAUAACCAAUAAAUCAUGACAUUCUCAAUUCAGCUUUCAUCCAACAAAACGUUUGGUCUAACUGAUAUGUUAAGCCUGACUAUUUUACCAUUCUGUGUCUAGAUAAGGCAGUAUUGUGCACUUUCAUCUACAUUUACAUUUACGUCAUUUAGCAGACGCUCUUAUCCAGAGCAACUUACAGUUAGUGCAUACAUCAUUCCUUUUUAUAUAUAUAUAUAUAUUAUUAUUGAUUCAGACAAGAUAAGGUUGCUGAUAACUAUUUCUUACUUUGCAAAUAUAUGUAUUCUUGUGUGUUGGAAAAAUGACAACCCACCCACAUUUUUCAACUGUGGUUAAAACAAGUUGCAGACUUCUUGCCAUUAGAAGAAUUAACAAUGGACUUACAGAACUGCGGAUUCCCAUUCUUGAAAGUAUGGUCUCCUAUUGUCCUUUAUUGAAAAAGCUCUUAAAAGAGUACUACUAUUUGAUAUUUUAUCUACAUUUAUUUUACUAGUUGUUUUGAAAAGCUCAGAAAAUGUGUCUGCAUUAACAACAUUAACAGUAUUAUGACAGUACAGUAUAUCUGCUGCUAUCAAUUGCUAAGUUGUAAUACUAACCGUAUUUAAAAACUGUAUUGACUGAUGAAAAUGGUCUGCUGCUAUUUGAUUUAGUUUUGUAUGCAAUGUAUUUUGUGUAUGUGAUUCUUUUUUUGUUUAUUUUCUGUUUGUCUUUAUAAUUGUACAAAUAUAUAUUUCAAAAAAUUGGUCUGCGUCAAGUUUUGUUUCCUUUACAUGAUACUUCGAUAGCACAGUUUAACAGGAUCUCAACAACUGACGUAGACAGCAUUUUGUUUUUCAGCUGGUGUUAGCUUGACUCUGCUGCUGGGCAUUGCUGGUUUCUUAUUGUAUAGAUAUGGCUACAUUCCUUGGAGAGACAAACAGCCGUGAGUACCUUUUAUGACCUGCAGCAACAAUAUUGCUCAGAGUGUACAGCCAGUCAGCUUAGCUGUCCAAGAUCAAUUCAGAGAGGAUAAAUGUAUAGCUUAUUUUUUUGUAUUAGGGUCCAAGGACUGAACUUUGUUUUUCAUUUGUUCAUCACACACAACACCAGGCUUGCUCUUGCACAGCUAGUUCGGCUGGAUCGGGACUACCUUAACACCAACUGGGAAAACCAGAGGUGAGUCAGACUCAGUCAACCUGAGGACAUUUUUAGGAGUUACGUGGUUUAAUAUUGUCACGACUUCCGCCGAAGUUGGUGCCUCUCCUUGUGCGGGCGGCUAUCGGCGGUCGUCGUCACCGGCUUUCUAGCUGCCACCGAUCUACGUUUCUGUUUUCCAUUUGUUUUGUCUUGUUUGUACACAUCUGGUUUUGUGCGUGUUUGUUCAUUGUGUUGUGUCAUACGCUUUUGUGAGCUGGUGUGUUUUCCCUGCGUGGAAAUUAGUGUUUGUUUUUUUCCGAGUAAAGUACGUUGUUUACUCAGUUCUGUGUCCUGCGCCUGACAAAUAUGCUGAAGUGAUUCACGAUACAUUACUAAAUGUCAGUUAUCAGGCCAGACAACAUCUUAGAGCAGCAAGAAGUAACACGUACGUUUUUGGACUUCUCUCAGGGACAACGGAGAUCCUGAUGAUCCAGCUGCUGAGGAUGCUGAGUCUCUCCGAUCUGUGCUUGUCGUUGGCAGGUUAGACAGCCUAUCUAUUGAACAUAAUAUUUAUGCUCCAACUAUACUUCAUGUUUUCCUCAAUCUCUAAUUGCAUUUGCCACUCUGAACCAUCAGGGACAAUGGGGAUGGGGUGGAAGAGGAGAGGGACCCAACACACGGUCAGGAGACACAUGUUGAGUCCUCUCUACUGAAUGGGCAUCUUGUGAACAGGUAAACAUUUCUCUGAGAGAGAUCCUCAUUACUUCAUUUACCGAUUGGAUCUCACUAUACUCUAUACUCAGUCAGAGCUGGAUCAGGCAGAGCUGAUCCCAUGAGUCUUUGCUCCCACAGGUUUAAUAGAAAGACCAGUUUGUUUUACACAUUAUCCUUAUUUUCUAAUGCAUGUAAUAUCUAAUGAGCAUGAUAAAUGCUAAUGCAUGUAAAUAAAUGUUUUAUCAGUCAAGGCGAGAGGAUCGUGCAGCCAAUGGGCAGUGAGGGAACAGACACUGCAUUCUCUCAGAAGAGACAUGCUGGAUUUACUCUGGUGAAUGGAAACCAUAAGGCCAGGUAAACUUUACCACAUGAUGAAUACCUUGAUAGCUCUUCAUUGAUGAAUACCUUGAUAGUCUGCCAUUUUAAAGUGGAAAUUACCAACUUUAGAAACCUUUUUAUACCUUGAAUACACUACAAGAUUGCAUUUCCUGCUGUGCAGGAAAAUUCUCAGCAACAAAAGAGUGAUCAAAUUAAGAUCCUUCAUCUGUAAUCUCACCAUGGGUCAUGUUAAUAACCUUUUUCUUGUGGUGGAUCAAAAGUGUUAACCCUGAUGACCACCCUGUUAUUGUUCCCACAGGGUUAACGGCCAGACUGAUGACACACAACUUCUGGGUCAACCUCAGAGCAAUGGACGCGUGACAUAUAGAAGGUGAGUGUUUAUUUUUCAAACAAUGUUCCAUGUAUAGCAGCACAUACUACACAUUUAGAGUUGCAUGGAAUGGUAGAGAAGGUUGAGUAUGUGAGACCAUGUUGCCUGAUCCAGUAUGUAUUGAUACAUCUACUAAUUAGAUAAUAACCUCAACAACCCUAUCAUCCCACGGUUCAUGUUAGUCUCUGUCUCUAUAGGGAACAGUGUUUUGGUGGAUCAUGAAUGUGAAUCUUGAUGAUGUCUUAUUUCUCCAACAGGGUUAACGACGAGACUAAGGAACUGACUCCUGAUGCACAGAGUCCAGGACCUCCUCAGAUGAAUGGAGGAGGACCUCUGCUGUCUGACAGGUGAUUUUAUAACUAUUGCUAAAGUAACACUGUUCUAAGCUUUUGCUCCACUGUAUUUUAAUAAUAACAAUGUUUUGUUUCCUGAUCCUGCCUGUCUUACUGUGUUCUGUGUCUAGGGUUGGAGAACAGCCCUGUGGGUCAGCAGAUGAAGAAAACUGCUCUGGUGAACAAGCAGGACCAGGACUGGUCAACAAUGGCGUGAAGCCAGUUGAAAAUGUA